GCGCGCCUAUUUCACUCGCCGGUUCGACAGGAACAAGACGCGUCGACAUUCAUUGCCGUGCCGCGCGAGAUUCCGUGAAAUCCCGAUUUUCGAAAGAAGUAAAGUGCAAGUAGUGAUCAAAAUGGCAGGAGAAAAACGCAGCAAUAAUAGUGACGAGGUUCUACUCGCAGAAACGACAAUAUUACUUGACGUUGAAGGCACAACGACCAGCAUAAGCUUCGUAAAGGAAAAGCUUUUUCCUUACGUAAGAAAUAAUUUGAAAAAGUACUUGGACGAAAAUUGGGAUCAAGAGGAGUUUAAAACCGACUUGGAAAAACUGAAAGAGCAGGCAAAUAAAGAUGAAAAAGAAAAAGUCGCAGGAUUCCUACCAAUUUCUGGUACAUCUCCUGAAGAGGAAAAGGAAUCUCUUUUAAAGAAUAUCCUUUGGCAAAUGGAUGCAGAUCGCAAAACUGGAGCUUUGAAGCAACUUCAGGGUCACAUGUGGCGUCAGGCCUUUGAAUCUGGCGACAUAAAAGGACAUGUCUUUGAUGAUGUACCAAAAGCAUUGGAAUCGUGGACAAAUGGAGGAAGAAAAGUAUACAUUUAUUCAAGCGGCAGUGUUGAAUCACAAAAACUGCUUUUCAGCCAUUCGCAAGAUAAGGACUUAACGAAGUUCUUGAGUGGUUACUUCGACACAGAAGUUGGUGCAAAAAAUGAAGUUGACAGCUAUAAAAACAUACUGAACAAGUUAAACAUUCCUGCUUCAUCAGUACUUUUUCUCACCGAUAUCGUAAAAGAGGCCGAAUCUGCUAAAGAAGCUGGAAUGUCGGCAACAAUUGUCAUUCGUGAAGGUAAUGCUCCUCUUAGUGAAGCAGACAGCUCAGCUUUCUCCACAAUAAAAUCAUUUGAUGAGUUGUCUUUUCAAUCUCUGAGUAAGCGUCAAAAAGUUGAACCUGCUGAAGAUAAAAAGGAAUCGAAAGUCGAAGAGGUUGCUAAAAGUGAACCAGCUGAGAAGACUGAAAGUAACGAUAAGAGUCAAGUAGAUGGUAAGACUGAAAAAGAAAAUGCCGACGAACCAAUGGACACAUCUGAGGAUAUUUCAGUGGAAAUUGAGAAGAAAACAGAAGCCGCUGUGACUGAGAAAAAUGAAACAAAAGACGUAGUUGAAGCGGAACAAUGCGAAGAGAAAAAACCAGUGACUGAAGUUUCCAAGGAUGAAAUCCCCAAAAUCGCUGCUGAAGACUCCAAAGAAUCCACAAAUACUGAAAGCGUAAAAUCUAAAGAUGAAUCUGUGAAAGAGGAAGCGAAAAAAGAUGAAGAAAUGAUAGUAGACGAACCAGACAAAGCUGUAAAGCCUCAGGAAGUAGAAGUUACUGAAAAAUCUGUCGAUGAAAUUGUGAAACAAGAUGUAAUUGAAGAGAAAUCAGAGAUUUCUGCCUCAAAGGCAGAAGAUUCUCAAAAGACAAAUUCUACUCCUGAAGAUAAAAUUGAGGAGAAAACAGAACCGAAACCUGAAACAACAGCCGAAGUGAGUGAAAACUCAAAAGAAGUAGUUGAGGAGAAAGUUCAAGAUUCCGAAGUGAAAGAACCAUCUUCUGAAGCAAAAGAAACGCCCACCGAAACGAAAGAAACGCCCGUCGAAACAAAGGAGGAAGUUUCUGAGAAAACUCCUGAAAUAGUUGUGGAAAAAGAAGCGGAAGUGGAAGCGGAUGUUGCAAAGACUGAAGUCAAAGAGAACGGUGGAGUUGCAAAGGCAGAAGAGAAAGAAGAAACAGUGAAAAAAACAGAGACAGAGAAGGCUCAACCUGAACUACGAAGUGAGAAGCCAGAAGAAGAGAAAGUUGAGAAGAAAGAUGAGGUUCCGGAAAAAUCAAAAGACGAGGAUAAAGCUACGGAAGUGGACAAGACGAAGGAGGAAGAGAACAAAGUUAAUGGCACGAGUAAUGGCGAAGAGAAGCACAGUAACGGAGUUGGUGAGAAAGAAAAGUCAGAGUCGAACACGUCGAAAGCGACUUCCUCGCAGAACGGAGAGGCGGAAGCUGACGAGUCUUCAGAGGCGAUUAAAGUAAAGAAAGUUGUUGACUCGACAGUUGCCGACGGAGCUGGUGAGCCCGAAGUCGUCACUCCUCCCGUAGCUGUCGCUGCAACGUCCUAAUCGCAUUUCUCGCGAUAUAAGUCCUUCAUACAUAACCCCCAAUCCCUCGAUUACUUAUCUUACGAUUAUAAAAGAAAACAAAUGACAAGAAUACACCUCACUGCGGCUCAAAGGACUUUUGGGGGAAAAUUAGCGAUAGGUAGGUUCAACCUUUCGAGCGUUGUCUUCUCACACAGAGCAAAUGCAGUAAUUAGUCAUUGCCCAAUUAAUCAUAGCGAGCGUUUUUCAUUAAAGGAAAUUCAAAUGUGUCGUUGUUCAGGUAUUGAAUUUGUGUUCGAUGUGAUUCAAAGAGAGAUGAACUUUUCUUUCGUUCGGAAAAUUGCGUUUCUUCAGUAAAAAUACAUACCUUAACAGCGUACUAGUUUCGAAUAUCUUUUUGAACAAUGAUUGAUGGGUUGACACACUUUUAAUGUUCCUACAAAAAAGAGUUUUCAUUUUUUAAAAGCAGCUUUAGAUAGUUUUUCAAAGAAAUAUUCUGGUGCUGUAUUGUGCUCAACGACGCGAUUUCGGUAUAAUGCAUAUUUUUAACCAUUGCUUGAGUAUAAAUCGAAAUGGAAAAUAUCGGAAAAUUGCCUCGUUGGUCGCAAAUAGUGUUGUAAAAUUCCUGAUUUUAUCGGAUAAUUCCCGGAGAAUUGAGAAUUUGACGACUCUAGUCGCGCGAGAAUGUCCUUUCGACUUUCUCGACUUAUUUUCUAAGCUUUAUACUCAUCCCACACCAGUAAUUCCUAAUAUGUAUCUCGAGACAGCAUGUCUCUGCUUUUUCUAUUUUUAAGAUUUUUAUAUUAAAUUUCUCAUUUGAUGUGAAUAAUUUUUGUUCUAUGCUUUCUUCUUUUGCUCAAUUAUUUUAUUUUCUCCCCCGCGGUUCUAAAAUCUAGAGAAGCGCUACAUUAUGAUAAAUCCGUAAGAUAGGAAAUUCGUAGAUGGAGUAUGAUAUACGAAAUGUACUCUGUGCCAAAUGACCUAAAAAUGUCAUUUUUCAUUGUAUUUUUAUGUCAAAAAAAAAAAAAAAAAAAAAAAUUGAAAACAGUCGAUCUUUGCUUUCACUUAAACUUGCGAUUAUAUAAACUGUCAUUCUUUAUCAGAAUCUUAAAAAGUUUUUAAUGACAACCUUAGUGAAAAUAUUCGAUAAUCUAAGCAAAACAUUCUCAAAUUUCGUCUCCUUAUAAUAAUGAAUAUUUAUUCUCGAUACAUUGACACAUAUUUUCACUCGGGUUGCUUUCCACCAUUGUGAUUAUUAAAUUUUACUUCAUUUGAACGUGACUAGUAGAGAUUAUUUGGGGACUUUAUACUACAAUACAAAAUAUGAAAUUGGAUUUAGAUUGUAGAGCGUUCUUCGUGCAUAGUACUUAAGCUCAAAAAUACAACUUUUCACUCAUCGUACAACAUGUUUUUUAUAGUAAUUUCAAGUAUAUACGUAGUCGCAUUAUUCACCUUUACAUAUAAAACAGCUUUUCUUUUUUUCGGCAAAAUAGUGAGUGUGUGUGUGUGUGUUGAAAUUUUUUUGGAACUCAACUGGAAGCUACUGAGUCAUUUAUAAAAUCUUAGGUUACAAAAUGGCGUUUUAUUUAUUUAUUUAUUCUUAAUUUUUGUCUCCAAAAUUUUCUGUGAUUUUUACUAGAUUUUUAAUUGAUUCAAGCUUCUAGUUUAUUUUUAUAAAUCCAAACUUUGGUUAAUUUAGGUCUUUUUUAAAAAAAAAGAAAAAUAGAAAAAAGAAAAGCUUUUUAGUUUUCUUUAAAAUAAUAAUUUUUUCUUUAUUUCUGAGAACCGCAUCUAGUUCCAAGAUUGUUUCUUAUUUCUUUAAUUGUAAGAACAAUAGUUUAAUAGUUAAUCUUUUAAUUUUUUUUUACGUAUACGUUUAGAUUAAUCUUUUUUUUUUGUUAUUGACGACUUAAUAAUGUAAAAUCUCGAAAAAGAGGAGAAUUUUUUGUACCGUUUCCAAGGGAUUUUUAUUUUUUGUGCAGACUUAUUAGAAUUAUUUUCUUUUCAUCUUGGAACAUUCCCUGAAAAGAUCGACUGAUUAUUAAAGACUUACAAUUAACGAUUGCUGAAUAGAGAGACUGCCUUGGUUGACUAUAUGAUAAUAUAAGUUCUUAAGGUGCAGGAUGUCAAUAACAGAAUCGAUAUUAAGUUCUCGAUUGACUUUCACCUCAUCAUCCAAUGUGUAUCAUUCCAUAUCGUCUCAUAUUAAUGUCUGCGUCAAUAGUCGAGAGCAAUGUUGGAGAAUGUUUAAGACUACCUGCGCGUUAGGAAGAGACAAAAGUUCUCAAAUAUGCUGCGAUUUUUCUUUUAUACCUUUCUUCGUCGUAUAAUUUGUGACUACGCAUCUACUAUAAUCUAAUAAGUUCUCUAUAAUUUUCAGAAAUAUUAAAAAUAAUAAAAACACAUUUAUAAGUUAAACAACUAAA